AUGGAAUUAAUUCGUGCAUGGGUUAAUAAUCUUAAUGCAAAUCCAACAACAUUGAUUGAUUGGCCAAAAAUUGGUGCAUCUCCAAUCAAUGAAUAUGUCACAUUAGGGUUACUUGAUAUGGCAUUUAUAGCAUUAUUUCCUGAUGGUAGAUGUCACUGGUUAGAACCAAGAAUGAGGCAAGUGCACUUGCAUGAAUUUGUCAAGCAUCUGUUACGGUAUAGGGAUCAUCGUUUUGGUAAACAUCCAAGAUUUAGAUAUUUUAUGAUGAACAUGAUAAUGAGACACCGUGCACAGAAUUCAUCUGCAGCAUUUGCAAAAAGAAAUUUACAAGACAUGCCUAUCACCAUCAAUGAGUUACGCCAGCAUAUGGAGAACAUACCACAAUCUAAUUUAGCUGAUAGGUUGAUACGGUUUGGAACUACUUUAAGGGGUACCAGAUCGUAUUGGGCUAAAUGUCGUGCAAAAUUGACAGACAUGCUUCACCAAAUCGACACUCCUACAAUAUUCUUCACUCUAAGUGCAGCAGAUAUGUAUUGGCCUGAUUUGCAUGCAUUAAUGCUAGGAACAUCCCCGAAUACUUCACGGGAAGCUCAAAAUUGGAGAAAGAAGAAUGUUAUUGACUAUCCUCAUAUAGUCGCACAUUACAUGCAUUUAAGACAUACAAUAUUCAGAAAAGAGAUUUUAGAAAAAGGAAUGAAUAUCAAAGAUUAUUGGUGUAGAUAUGAGUGGCAACAUAGAGGUUCACCACAUGUGCACAGAUUUUUAUGGAUCAAUGGAGCUCCCAAUAUGGACAACAUUGAUUGGUCAAAUGAGGAAGAACAAAAAAGCGCUGAGAGAUAUUUUCAUUCUAUCAUUCAUGCAUGGAAUCCCAGAGAAGAUCCACAUCAAAGAAAUAUACAUGCAUUCCAAAAUUAUCUACAACAUCCAUGUCUCAAAAAUACAACAGAACUUGCAGACAUGGAUAUUGACCAUGAUUAUGAAGAUAUAUUAAACUAUGUAGAACGACACACAGUUUGUAAGGAGGGUGUGUGCCUACGAAAAAAACAAGGAAGGAUGGUUUGCAGGUAUAAUGCUCCUUGGCCGUUAAAUUUGAGGGGAUCAAAAUUGUAUGAAGACAUAGAAACUGGUGAGAAAAAAAUUGAACCAACAAGAAAUGAUGACAGAGUGAAUUCACACAAUCGUCACAUACUGCAACUAUGGAGAGCAAAUAUAGAUUGGCAGCUAGUUCUUUCCAAAUAUGUAGUAAUAAAGUACAUUGCAAAGUAUGCAGCAAAGGCCGAGAAAAGCUCAGAAACAUACCACCAAAUGUUGAUGCAUCUUUCAGAAAUGGAAAACCCUGAUGAUUUAGCUGCACGGGCAUAUAGAAGGCUCCUCACAGAAACUGUUAUAGAAAGAGACAUGUCACAUGCUUUUAGAGCUUCCAUUGAUGGAGAGCAGUAG